AUGAACGACUUAAUAGAGUUGCAUCAAAACGAAAUCGAGAAUCUGAAGCAAAAUAUGGUGGAUAUGGAGGAGAAAGUGCAGUAUCAGAGCGAAGAGAGGCUCCGGGAUGUGCACGAAAUGCUCGAAAGUUGCCAAACAAGGAUCUCACGUAUGGAACACCAACAGCACCAACACUUGCAACAACUCGUUAAUCUCGACUCAUUGGAAAACUCAAACGCCAGAGCACUGGUACUCAAACUCAUUAACGUUGUGCUCACUAUACUUCAGGUUGUCUUACUAUUGGUCGCUACCAUUGCCAACAUAUUAGCGCCGUUUCUACAGACAAGACUACGAAUGGUGACGAGUAUUAUAGUGUUAAUCGUAUGUAUGGUUGUAUUCCAACACUGGCCUGACUUCGGGUCGUGGACUCGACAAAAGAUAUCUGAGAAUUGGAUCCACUUUUCGUCGACUAUCGAUAGCGGUUGAGAACAAACCCUUAUAUUUAUUUUGAAUAGAUGAUCAGAUUUUUUAAGUUAAUUAUUAUAUACACAAUCAUUUCAAGACAUAAAUCCCUUUUGAAAGCAAAUGCUAUCGAAUUUUUAUCUUAUAUUUUAUUUUUGUCAAAGACUUUCCACACAUCACUUGUUGUCAAAUGGAAGUCUUGAAGUGAUAUUCUUGUUGUGAUAUCGAUCCCAAAACGGUAUUAUAGAGAUUUGCUAAACAGCUAUACAUUUUGAAUAUAUGAAUACUUAUGUAUGGAUUUUGAAUCGACGCCAAAAAAGUAUACUCAAUAAGACAAAUACAUAACAAAAUGUGUAAUAAAUUAGGAAAAAGUGCCCAAAAAACGAUUGUUUUGUUGUAUUUAUAACAAUAGAGGUAUGGAUUAUAUAAUAGCUAUGAAAACUGAUGUAAAAUAUAUGACUGGUUUCUGUUCUCAUUUUAAAAAUAUAUACGAUAUAUAAAUUGAAAUUUUUAGAGAAUCUCCACAAAUAUUAGUGAUUA